AUGAGAUCCUUUCUCGGCCCUCUUGCCGCCGUCCUCGCGCUGGCCGGGCAGCUUCUCGCCUCCCCUGUCGAGGCCGAGGCCUUAGAGAGCGAGUCGUCGCCCACUCCCGCCGACGUCGACAUCGACGCCGACAUUUCCCUCGACGACGACUCGCUCUCUCUCAACAUGACGACAGACCUGGCCCUCUCCUCCUCCCUCGCGCGCCGCAGCGGCUGCAACCAGUCCAAUUGCCCCGACUCGCGCUUCGGCUUCGACGUCUUGAGCAACAAGCUGCGCUGGAGCGAAUGGUUCUACUUCCUGCGCUGGUGGGGCACGUGCGGCUGUCAAAAGGUACAAAUCUUCAAGGACGGCUGUAAAACCUUUACCAUUUGCUCCGGUACGCACUCCGUCUGCAUGGACUGGAAGCAGGGCCGCGCACACUGGGUCGACCCGGGCGGUGUCAAGCGCUGCUACACCCUGACCGAUGAGUACCUGUGCGACGGAAAAAUGUGGGCGGCCUGGCCUACAGGCGAGGUCGCCUGCACCUGGUAG